GGGUGCGUGCACCAGCCGUGGCUAUCACACCGAUCAAAAACAGCGGAGGCACGCACAGCAGCCAGGCAACGGUUUUUUUAUUUGCUGGAAUUACGAUAACACUCAUUUAUUUAGGGCCAUACAUAAUUAUUUAUUGUCUUCUCCAAGCGAGGACUCCAAGUUCGAACAAUCUUAUGUACAAUCCUCUCAUAAGAGUUAACGUCAAACGUACGGUAUUUACCGGAUUCGAGGAUGUUUUGGUCCUGUAACGUAUCAAGUCACCUCUAAGCUGAAGUGCUGUUCCAAUGCCAACAUAACAGGUUGUCUGGAAUGUUUAGUGACAGAACCGAAUCGGAGCUGCCACCAUACCGCAAGGUUUAACGCUGGGGCGAAGCGACCCUCUCUGCGGUUGUAUGUUGUGGAGCGGCGGUGGGUGUGUGCAUUGCCGUGCUAGCAUUCAGGCUGGCCACCGCUAACUUCAACUGGCGUGAUAGAACAAUCAAGAAAGAGAUAUCCGAGUUCCACUACUGGCGGACUGAUGAAAAAGCGUGAAGGAGCGGGCCAGAAAAGUUGCCUUCAGUGAUGGAGACCGCGGUCAGUACAUCCACUCCAGUGCCUGAUGGGUUUGAUAGGAAUGCUCCUCGUGUCUGUGGUGUGUGUGGGGACAAAGCCACCGGCUUCCAUUUCAAUGCCAUGACAUGUGAAGGCUGCAAAGGCUUCUUUAGGCGCAGUAUGAAACGGAAGGCCAGUUUUACGUGUCCGUUUAAUGGAAGCUGUACUAUCACUAAAGAAAACCGGAGACAUUGUCAGUCCUGUCGCCUCAAACGCUGCCUGGCCAUUGGAAUGAUGAAAGAGUUCAUACUGACAGAUGAGGAGGUCCAAAGAAAGAAGGAUUUGAUCCAGAAGAGAAAGGAUGAGGAAGCUCAGAGAGAGGCACAAAGGCCACGCCUCACUGAGGAGCAGCGCAGUAUCAUUGCCACACUGGUGGAGGCGCAUCACAAAACCUAUGACGACUCCUACUCUGAUUUCUCUCGCUUUAGGCCUCCUGUUAGAGAUGGUCCAGUAACACGUAGUGCUAGUCGAGCUGCUUCUCUUCACUCGCUGUCAGACGCCUCCUCUGACUCCUUCAGUCACUCUCCAGAGUGUGGGGACAGUAAGAUGAAUUUGAGUAAUCUGUUGCUGAUGUACCAGGAGCAGGACUCCAGUCCUGACUCUGUGGAUUAUGAGAGCUCAGGCUUCUCCAUGCUGCCCCACCUGGCAGACCUGGUCAGUUACAGCAUACAGAAGGUCAUUGGCUUUGCCAAGAUGAUCCCAGGAUUCAGGGACCUGAGUGCUGAGGACCAGAUUGCUUUGUUAAAGUCCAGUGCUAUUGAGGUGAUAAUGCUGAGAUCUAAUCAGUCCUUCAGUCUGGAUGAUAUGAGUUGGAGCUGUGGGGGACCAGAGUUUAAAUACUGUGUAAAUGAUGUUACUAAAGCUGGACACACAUUAGAGUUGUUGGAGCCUCUGGUGAAGUUUCAGGUCGGUCUGAAGAAGUUGAAUCUCCACGAGGAGGAACAUGUCCUGCUGAUGGCUAUCUGCUUAUUGUCACCUGACCGUCCCGGUGUGCAGGACCACGCCCGUGUGGAGGCGUUGCAGGACAGGUUGUCUGAGGUUCUCCAGGCGUACAUCCACGUCCAUCACUCCGCUGGCCGGCUGCUCUACGCCAAGAUGAUCCAGAAACUGGCCGACCUGCGCAGUCUGAACGAGGAGCACUCCAAGCAGUAUCGCUCGCUCUCGUUCCAGCCCGAGCACAGCUCCCAGCUCACCCCCCUGGUGCUGGAGGUGUUUGGGGGUCAGGUGACUUAGCAGGUCCCUCAGCGCUGUCGGCGUUUACAGCCUUGGGCCAGCGUUAGUCAACCUGGGGGGCAGAGCCAGGAGCAGUAUGUGUGACAAUAGACUGUAGAGUGUGUAUG